UUGUUUGACGUCGAGGUUUCACACGGACCACUUCUGAGAGACAUACCCGCAGCACACACACACCUACGACAUCACAUUGUUGUUGUUGUCACUUUGCACACACACACACAGACACAGACACACACAUAAACAAACAAACAAACAAACACAAACAAACAUGUCCAUAUUCACGCCGACGAACCAGAUCCGGCUGACGAACGUGGCCGUGGUGCGCGUGAAGAAAGCCGGGAAGCGCUUUGAGAUCGCGUGCUACAAAAACAAAGUGAUGAGCUGGAGAUCCGGCGCGGAGAAAGACCUGGACGAGGUGCUGCAGACAAGCUCCGUGUUCGUCAACGUGUCCAAAGGACAGGUGGCCAAGAAGGACGACCUGAACAAAGCCUUUGGGACAGAUGACCUGACAGAGAUCUGCAAACAGAUCCUCGCCAAAGGUGAGCUCCAGGUGUCAGACAAGGAGAGGCACUCUCAGCUGGAGACCAUGUUCAGGGACAUCGCGACUAUCGUGGCAGAGAAGUGCGUAAACCCCGAGACCAAGAGGCCGUAUACGGUCAACCUCAUCGAGCGGGCGAUGAAGGACAUCCACUACUCCGUGAAGGCCGGCAAGAGCACCAAGCAGCAGGCUCUGGAAGUCAUCCGGCAGCUGAAGGAGACCAUGGAGAUCCAGAGAGCCCACAUGAGGCUGCGAUUGGUGCUGCCAGCCAAGGAGGCCAAGAGGCUGAAGGAGAAGCUGAAGCCGCUCCUGCAGGUUGUGGAGAGUGAAGACUUUGAUGAGGAGCUGGAAAUGGUGUGUCUGGUGGAUCCCGGCUGCUUCAGGGAGAUCGAUGAACUGAUCCGCUGCGAGACCAAAGGCCGAGGUUCUCUCGAAGUUCUCAGUCUGAAGGAUGUGGAGGAGGGCGAUGAGAAAUUAUAGUAACACAGCCAGUCAGGACUCUGCACCUUAUCCACACUAACCCUCUUUGAAGAGACUAUAUUUACAAAGAGAUUCAUACUUCUGUUUCCCAGCCUCUGCGUUUAUAUGACUGCUAUUAUUUGCCAGAUUUGCAUGCUGGGUGGAAUGUGUUUGGACAAUAAGUUUGAGCAUUUAUAUCUUAUCUGAAUAAACACCAUAUAACGUGCAGCUCAGUAUAGAGUUCUGAUUUAUCCAUCUUUAUUAUUUCAGAUCGUCUCUGCCUUCCGUCAGACUUUGUGUGCCAUGCAGUCAUGCUCAACUUCACAGUUUUAUGAAUAAUUCCUUUAACCCGUUAAUGUAUAUUUUGUCAUAAUAAAUGAGUUUGCUCUGUAGCAAAUAAAUAUUUAACCAGA